AUGGAAAAAGGAAGUUUUCUGCGCCUUGCGGGCGACUUGAUUGGCAAAUCCUACGCGGACGUUGCAGACGAGGCGCGGCACACCCGCUCUCAUCAGUUUCGCAGACUUCUUGAGCAGCGACGCCUUCCAGAAGAGCCUUGGGAUGACCUAGCGGUGACUCUAUUUCUGGAGGAGCUGGCGAACGCAGAUAGCAACAACCACCUUGGAAACGUCGGAGUCGGGGAACGCGAAGGCCGUAUCUUCAGCGGCCUCGUGGCUCGGAGAAACUUCCACUUUUCUCAUGGCAUUGGCAGGUCAGGAGACAUCGCCGCUUUGCAGCCGAAGGCGGCGGGGUCCUCGCUGCUCUUUGCGCUCACGAGGCGGCUCGUCCUUGAUGCCAUUCACAUUUGCGGAAUCCAGGCGGCGCGGGCGGCACUCCCUGUUCCUUUUGCCACUGGACUCUCCCUCACUUUGUGUUUUUCAGCUCUUCGGACUGUUCGUCCGCCUUCCGCUCGGUUUAUCAUUUUCUCUCGCAUUGAUCAAAAGGCGUGCCUCAAGUCCAUCUACUCUGCAGGUUUUCAAGCCGAAGUGGUUGAUAUGGUUCGAGCGCCUGGCGGCUUCGCGCUUCAGACGGAUCUCGAUGCGAUCGAAGAUGCCAUCGACAGGCUGAAGGCCGACACCGUGCUUUGUGUGUUGAGCACUACGUCGACCUUUGCUCCUCGGGAGCCUGACCGAGUCGACGCUAUCGCGCGCCUCUGCAAGGCAAGGGGAGUGGCGCAUGUGAUCAACAACGCAUACGGCCUGCAAUGCACCAAGUGCUGUCACCUCGUUGACCAGGCGAUUCGAACAGGUCGCGUAGACGCCUUUGUUCAGUCAACAGACAAAAAUUUUCUCACCCCUGUGGGGGGGGCAAUCAUUGCCAGCGGCGAUCCAUCAAGCAUCCAGCGAAUCGCCGCAACGUAUCCGGGCCGUGCUGGCAGCGGCCCGAUUCUCGAUCUGUUUAUCACGCUUCUUCAACUGGGCAAGUCGGGUCUGCGGCGUUUACUCGACGAACGUCGGGAGCUCUAUCUCUGGUUCAAAGGAGAACUGGAGAAGGUCUGCCAGCAGACAGGUAGUCGCAUCUUGCCGACUCCAAAAAAUCGGAUUUCCAUCGCUCUGGACCUCUCGUUUCUCGCGGAGGCGCCGCGAGGCGAGAGCGUGAGCGGGGAGACGACAGAGGCGUCUCGAGAGAAGCGCACAGAAGGCCGAGUCACGACAGAACAAGAGAGACAGGAAGAAGAGCGAUUGCUGACCUUUUUUGGAUCUGCACUCUUCAGACGAAGGUGCUCCGGUCUCCGUGUUGUCCCCUGCUACGCGCAACCUGCCUCUCCUCCACCAGACACUUUGUCUCCUGACUCCUCUUUUUCACCACGAUCCUCGUCGUCUCGUUUGCCUCCGACUGCUUUACCUGGAGUUCCACCUUCUGCGAACUCGUUUUCCUCUUCUUCCUCGUCUUGUUCAUCUUCCGUCAGAGUGCCUUCUUCUUGCGGGUCGUCUGCAACGGAAGGUGAAGUAGCACAUGCUGAGGCAGCGCCUUCCGAGUCAGGCGAAACGCAUGCAGGACGGGACGACACGGCUCGCCAAAAUGAAGCGGGUCAAUAUUUCUUUUCCCUGACUCCUGGAGGAACGCUGAAGGAUCGAAAGAGCCCAUGCAACACAAAGACGAUUUGUGGGCACACGUUUUCAAACUACGGAAGUCACUGCGAAACCUUUCCUGUGCCAUAUUGCACUGUGGCUGUUGCAAUCGGUGCGAAGAAGCAAGAACUCGAAGCCUUCCUGCCUCGCUUUCUCCGCGUCAUCGAGGAGACGAAGAAGGCGAAAAUCGGGACAAAGUAG